GACUGAUGGGAGGGCCGGGCGGUGAGCAAGAUGGCACAGACUCAGGGCACCAAGAGGAAAGUCUGUUAUUACUAUGACGGUGAUGUUGGAAACUACUAUUAUGGACAAGGCCACCCAAUGAAGCCUCUCCAAAUCCGCAUGACUCACAAUUUGCUGUUCAACUAUGUUCUCUACCGAAAAAUGGAAAUCUAUCGUCCUCACAAAGCCAAUGCUGAGGAGAUGACUAAGUACCACAGUGAUGACUACAUUAAGUUCUUGCAUUCCAUUUGCCCAGACAAUAUGUCUGAGUACAGCAAGCAGAUGCAGAGAUUCAACGUUGGUGAGGACUGUCCAGUAUUUGAUGGCUUGUUUGAGUUCUGUCAGCUGUCUACUGGUAGCUCUGUGGCAAGUGCUGUGAAACUUAAUAAGCAGCAGACAGACAUUGCUGUGAACUGGGCUGGGGGUCUGCAUCGUGCAAAGAAGUCUGAAGCAUCCGGUUUCUGUUACGUCAAUGAUAUUGUCUUGGCCAUCCUGGAACUGCUAAAGUAUCACCAGAGGGUGCUGUAUAUUGACAUUGAUAUUCAUCAUGGCGAUGGUGUGGAAGAGGCCUUCUAUACCACAGACUGGGUCAUGACUGUGUCCUUUCAUAAAUAUGGAGAGUACUUCCCAGGAACUGGGGACCUUGGGGCUGGCAAAGGCAAGUACUAUGCUGUUAACUACCCUCUCCGAGAUGGGAUUGAUGAUCAGUCCUAUGUAGCCAUUUUCAAGCCAGUCAUGUCCAAAGUGAUGGAGAUGUUCCAGCCUAGUGCAGUAGUCUUAGAGUGUGGCUCAGAUUCCCUAUCUGGAGACUAGUUAGGUUGCUUCAAUCUGACCAUCAAAGGGCAUGCCAAGUGUGUGGAGUUUGUCAAGAGUUUCAACUUGCCUAUGCUAAUGCUGGGAGGAGGCGGCCAUACCAUCCAUAAUGUUGCUCAGUGCUGGACUUACGAAACAGCUGUGGCCCAGGACACGGAGAUCCCUAAUGAGCUACCGUACAAUGACUACUUUGAAUACUUUGGACCGGACUUCAAGCUUCACUUCAGCCCUUCCAAUAUGACCAACCAGAACACUAACGAAUACCUGGAGAAAAUCAAGCAGAAGCUCUUUGAGAACUUGAGAAUGCUGCCCCAUGCGCCUGGCGUCCAAAUGCAGGCAAUACCUGAGGAUGCCAUCCCAGAGGAGAGUGGUGAUGAGGAUGAAGAAGACCCUGACAAAUGCAUCUCCAUCUGUUCUUCUGACAAACGAAUUGUCUGUGAGGAAGAAUUCUCUGAUUCAGAUGAGAAGGGAGAAGGUGGUCGCAAGAACUCUUCUAAUUUCAAAAAAGCCAAAAGAGUCAAAACAGAGGAUGAAAAAGAAAAAGAUCCAGAAGAGAAAAAAGAAGUCAUCGAAGAGGAGAAGACCAAGGAGGAGAAGCCAGAAGUCAAAGGGGUGAAAGAAGAGGUCAAACUAGCCUGAGUAAGAUCUAUGGCUGUGGCCUCGCCCCAAGUUCCCCACUUCUCCCCAAUCUCAGAUUUUAUAUUUUCUGUUCCUCUGUGUAUUUAUAUAAAAUAUAUUAAAUAUAAUGUCCCCAGG